CGGAAUCCAACAGCACGAAACGAACGCACCGCUCGCUUCCGCCUCUCCCCAACCUCCGUACCUUCCCCCCACCACCGCGCCGUCCGGACCCGCCGCCUCGGCUGAAAGACGGCCGGGCCCUCUCGGCGGCGGCGAUCGACGAUGGUGGUGGCCACGGAGGAAAUGGCGGUCUACUGCUUCGACACCCUCGUCGCCCACUACAGCGGCGAGCAGCCGCCGCCGCCCGCCUUCGAGGAGGGCGUCCACCCACUGUUUGUCACCUGGAAGAAGGCUACCAAUGGUUCCGAGCCACGCCUAAGGGGAUGCAUCGGAACUUUGGAGCCCCGUCAGAUUGUAAGCGGCUUCAAGGAUUACGCGCUGACCAGUGCCCUGAGGGAUCGGCGCUUUUCUCCGAUACAGUCCAAAGAGCUGCCAUAUUUGGAAUGCACAGUUUCUAUAUUGACCGAAUACGAAACUGCACUCAACCACCUUGAUUGGGAGGUUGGAAAGCAUGGUUUAAUUAUUGAGUUCACCGAUCCUGACUAUAAUGUAAGACGGAGUGGAACUUAUUUACCUGAGGUUGCUGCCCAUGAAGGAUGGACACAACUAGAGACCAUUGACUCGCUCAUGAGGAAGGCUGGCUACAAUGGCACCAUCACUGAGUCUUUGAGGAAGAAAAUCCGCGUCACCCGCUACCAGAGUACCCUGUACACAAUGCACUAUGGUGAAUAUACUGCAUAUGUCAAGAAGAACAGAGGUGAAAUUAACGGGGCACCCAUAGUUAACGGAUUCAAACCAGGCCAGUGAUUUAUCUGUACUGUAGCAGGUAAUAACAACUAUUUAUAAUUUGGCUUGGAAGGAAUUGGUGUGAGAAUUUGUUCAAAAAAAAUCAAUUCUAGUCAUUGAUCUGCCAUCAUGCCAUUUCAUUCCAAAGAAUGUAGAGUGCCAUGUCAACGGCCCUCAUGUCGUUCUGGGACAAAUUAAAUGGUGAUGGUUAUGUAUCUGUAAGCCUAUGCACUUUGAUUACAAAUAAUUGCAUGAAAUUAAUUGAUUUAAGUUGUUCAUUCA